AUGUUUGCCUUCUAUCCGCCACAUCAUAGCAACUAUGUCUAUACUCCUUAUCAACCACGGUUCUAUAAACCAGUUAGUCCGAUAGCGCGCAGUCGCAAUGAAUCAUAUUACGCCCCUACAACACCUAUGUAUGAUUUAGUCACUGAUCUAAACGAACAAGAACAACGACGACGAGCACAGGAAGCAGUUCAACAGCAACAAGAACGUCACGAACGAGAAAAUCAAGCUCGUCAACGGGCAUAUAGACAAUGGCUUCACGAGAAAAAAGCAACGCGUGAAGCAAUGAAGCCAUUUGAACAACGAACUCCACCACAUUUAUGUCCGAGUAACAAUGACAUAAAUCUUAACAAAAGUCCGCGAAUUAGAAGAAUUCCAAUUCAAUCUG